AGAUGUACUAAACCACAGUUGCCAUGGAAUUACUGCUGUCCAGAUCGGGCGGAUGCUGUGGGACGGAAAAUACAUAAAUACCUACUAAAACUUUUUCAAUUAGGCCUUACAUCUUUUUGGGAUAUUUAGCCUUGCUUUGAUGAAGGAAGCACGAAAGUGCGCUAAAUGUUUCGAGUUUACAUUUAGUUAUUAAAAUCCCGUGUUAUUUGGGUUCUAAUGGCUGGUGGUUUUACUUUAAAACUUCACAUGCACUAGUAAGUGAGGAUGGCUCUCCAGUAGUGAACACCCUGCACGCGCACUGCAGUUUCGGCGUGAUGUGUGAGCGGCACCGGAGGAUGCUGCAGUACUGAUGGAACAUUUAAAAGGCAACAUUCUGCGUUUAUUUUCAAUCUAAUAACAGAUAACAGUUUGUUGACGAGAAACGAGCUACGUGAAUGUGAAAUCCUGCAUCGCCGUGAACUGCAGAUUUUUCCCUUGUGCAAUGAUGCAGCUAGAUGUCCUCUGCUCAGCUGCUUAUGGAGAAGGGUAAACCUCCAGUGCUGGAUUUAUAUGGAUUUUAUGUGUUUCUUCCAAGCGUGUUUCUUUCUAUCGCUCUGAUCGUGGAAUAUUAAUAUGGAGGGUGAGAUUCCAGUCAUAUUAGAGCAGUUCAUCAGCAGCCCUCUUGUCACCUGGGUGAAGACAUUCGGUCAGCUAGGUGACAAAGAGGGGAACAUGCUCUCUGAAUACACUGAAUUAGUGGAUGGCAUAUUCUUGAACAAGGUCAUGAAUCAAAUAAAUCCCAAAGGGACUGUUCAAGGUUUAAACAAAGUGAACAAUGACGUCAGCCAGAGAGCGCAAAACCUCUCUGUUCUCAUUUACCACAUCAAAUCAUACUACCAGGACACCCUGCAUCAGCUGAUUAUGACGCCUCCUCCCAGUGUUCUGCUGCUGGGCAGGAACCCGCUCUGUGAGGAAGGUCUAGAAGAGAUCAGGAAGUUGCUGCUACUGUUGCUUGGCUGUUCAGUGCAGUGUGAAAGAAAAGAGGAGUAUAUUGAGAAGAUACAAAGUCUUGAUUUUGACACAAAAGCAGCAAUCGCAUCUCAUAUCCAAGAGGUGACUCAUUGUCAGGAGAACGUGUUUGAUCUGCAUUGGUUGGAGAUGGAGGGUCUGUGUCCAGAGGAUUGGGAAAAUCUCUGCAGAAGCAUGAGCAUUAACCUCAAAAUGGUAGUGGACCAGCGAGACCGCCAAUUUGAGGCCAUCGUGGAGCUGAUGCAGGGGAAAGAGACAAUAAAGUCUGUAGUGUUUGGUGAUGACUCCUCCCUCACAGAGUCCACCAGCAGCCGGCUCCCUUUAUCCCAGCAGCAUCUGGCACUAGAGCUGACGGAUGCUAAAGCCAAGAUCAAACGCCUCAGACAGGAGCUAGAGGAGAAAAGUGAACAGCUCUUAGACUGCAGGCAGGACCUGGACAAUGUGGAGGCGGAGCUUAAAAGACUUCAGCAAGAGAACAUGCAGCUGUUGACAGAUGCACGAGCAGCCAGGAUGUACCGUGAUGAGCUGGAUUCAAUGAAAGAAAGAGCCAUAAGAGCAGACAAACUGGAGAGUGAAGUGGCUCGUUUCCGAGAUAAACUUCACAACAUGAACUUUUAUAAAGUCAAACUGGAGGAGCUGAAGGAGGAUAAUCAGGUGUUGAUGGAAAGUAAGGCCAUGCUGGAGGAAGAGCUUCAGAGCGUCAAAGCACGAUCUGACAAACUGCAUCAUCUGGAGAAACAAAACCUCCUACUAGACUCAAAACUUCAUGACAUGGAAGAGGAAAGAACUGUGGACAGAAGACGAAUAGAGGAGCUGCUGGAAAGGAACGUCAUCCUGGAGCUCUCUCAGAAAAGGAGUAUGGAAGAAUCACAACGUUUGGGCUGGGAGCUAGAACUUGCCAAGAACCCUCAACAGAAUUCAGAGCUGAAGUCUUUGGGCCAAGAGGUAACUGAAAAGACGUGUAGCAGGUUGCUAAAACUGGAGAAAGAAAACCAGAAGUUGUUGAAGACCCUGGAAGAACUUCAAGGAACCAGUCAUCCAUUGGAUGAGUUCAUCUCUGAAUCUAAACAUAUUGAGGAAAAAUGUACUCCAGCAUUUGCCAACAUGCACAACAACCGAGUUAUCAUUAAUACCAGCAAUCAGUCCUUUGACACAGAACACCUGCAUGCAUCUUUGGAAAGUACAAAUGGCAAUCUUCAUGGCCUUGAAGUAGAGCUCCAUGAAUUGGAGACUGAGAACCAGAGGCCUCAAGUCAAUUUCAACCAAAACCAAGGACAAGGAAACAUAGAAAACCAAGUUCAUGAGAACGGACAACUGGAGCAAGAUAAGAGUUGUCUGGUGAAGGAAAAUCGGAGAUUGCGGCAGCAAGUGAAGAUCCAGGAGGCCUCAUUGGAUAGUAGCAACCUGAAGUUGGUGGUUCUUGAGAAGGAGAACCGUACCCUGGCUAAAAAGACUAACUAUCUUAGUGAAUCCUGUGCUAAGAACAAAGAGCUUGAGAAGGAAAACCAGGAGCUGAUUCAUCAGGCUGGAGCGGACAAGAGGAUGUUGAUGACAUUAAGAGAGGAGCUGCUGGACCAGAGGUUGAAAUUGCAACAGAAAGAAUCUGAUCUUGAGAAAUUGACUUAUGAACUAGAGAGGAUGAGGUUAAACCAGGAGACACGAAUGGGAGAUCACGAGGCUGGAGACCAGAGUCUCAGUCACUGUAAGCAGUUGGAGUCAGAGCUGGAGUCUUCUCUAAUGAAAUCCCUGAAGGUUAAGAAAGAGAGAAUGGCUGCCCUCGAGGCUCGUCUGCAAGAAUCGGCCAAGAUAAACCAGCAAUUGCGACAUGAUCUUAAAACUGUCAAACAAAACUAUGAGGCAUUGCUUCAGAGGGAUGAGGAGGAAAGGGCAGAGGCAGGACAGUGCUCUCCACCAGAGAGGACAUUGCACCGAGAGAGUCAGGAGGCCACGUGGGCAUUGCUUAAGCUCAAGGAUCGUCUCAUUGAGGUGGAGAGAAAUAAUGCAACUUUGCAGGCCGAGAAACAGUCACUGCAAACACAACUGCAGACACUGCAGGUGCAGUCAGAUGGGUUGCAGGCACAAAUAAUUGCAUUACAGCAGCAGACGGCUUCGUUGCAGGAAAGCAAUACAGCACUGCAGACACACAAUGCACAACUGCAGGUAGAGAAAUCCACUGUAACUUCCCAGAAUUCCUCUCUGAUGGCUCAUAAUGCACAGCUACAGCGGGAACGGCAGAGUUCGGAGGCUGAAAGGGAGGCCGCGAUACGGGAGAGAGAAGAUCUGCGCACGGUUAAUGAGCUUCUUCUCCGGGACCAUGAGAGACUGAGCGUCCUGCAUGAGAGACAGGCAGCAGAGUUGGAGGUGCUCUCUCACAGGUACUCCACGAUGGAGAACAGUCACCGAACCCUGGAGAUAGAGCACAGAUCACUGGAGGACAGGUAUAACACGCUACUUCAGCAGCGCGCUCAGCUGGAGGGGUUACAGAGAGCUCUCAGAGAAGAACAGCAGAAGAUGCAGAAUGAGAUAUGCACAAGCAGGAGCACAACAGCAGAGUGCCAAAGACUCCGAGAUGAGAAAGACUGGCUGAAUCAAACCUACCAGAAGCUGCUGGCAGAGAAUGGGGAACUUCAAGUUGAGCACAAGAGCAUAAAGAGCCAGUUGAACUCCUGCAAACUGGAGCAGACACAGCUGGAGUCAGAGCUGUCCAAACUCAAGGAGCAGAACCAGCAGCUGGAAAUCACCAGCAUUAAACUGGUCAACCAGUGUGAGUUGCUGACCCAGCUGAAGGCAAACUUGGAGGAAGAGAACCGUCACUUGCUGGACCAGAUCCAGAGCCUGAUGCUGCAGAACCGAACCCUGCUAGAUCAGACCAUAGAGAGCAAGGACCUGUUCCAUGUGGAGCAGAGACAAUAUAUAGACAAACUGAAUGAACUCAGAAGGCAGAAGGAAAAGCUGGAAGAGAAAAUCAUGGAUCAGUACAAGUUCUAUGACCCAUCACCACCACGCAGACGGGGCAACUGGAUAACGCUGAAGAUGAGGAAGCUGAUGAAGACGAGGACUCGAGAUCAGGAGCAUGUUCGUUCCUCAACUCCGCAGCUCCGCUCCGAGUCAUGCGAGGGUCUGGAUGACCUGCGCUGCAACGACAACGGCUCCUCUGUGGGUUCCCAGGGCUCUGAGGAAUCUGCUUCCAACUCCCUUAAUGGUGACACCGUGUCCCCUAAGAGGAGCAGCAGUGAGUAUAACCUCAGUUACAUGAAACUGUCAGAGUCCAGCCAUUCCAGCCAGGAACAUCCAGAUACAAGCCACUCGGUCAGCAGCAAACCCUUCAUCCCAACAUCCCAAGUCAGCACCCUGAAAAUGUUUCAUGUUAAGCGUAACAAACCAAAGGAUAAAGACAAAGUCAAGUCUCUCUUCCGCCGAUCUCUGUCCAUGAAUGACCUGCUGCAGUCGGAGGGAUGUUUGGAUGAGGACUCUGGGAAGCAGGGAGAUCAGCCAGAAGAGCAAAUAAUGCUGCACGCCAUUGCCAUUUCAAAAAAACACUCCACAUCAUCAUCAUUAUUUCAUCACUACUCUUCCAUAGACAAUCAUUCAAUAAUCUGUAAUCAAGGUAAAGAUUUUCAAGGAGACACAAUUCCACCAAGGAACGCAAAUGGCACUGAAGGCCAAGAUAAUGGCCUGAAUGGCAAAUCGAGUCGUGCCCCAAGCGUGAGCAGUGGCGAGUUCAACAUUAGCCUGGAGAACGAGGCCUGGUCCAGUGAUAGCAGCCCCCUUCCGGAUCCACUCUCGUCCAGACGGCAACGAUUCAGUGACUCCCCUUCCCCAGCCCGACCCAACCAUGAGGAUCUCAGGCAGAGCUACAGCUCCUCAGCGAGUGGAGUACGCAGAACCAGCAGUGGGAGAUCCGCUGGAGAACGUUCAGCCCAAAAGAUGGACAAAGCAAGCAUUGGACUGUAUAAAACUCAAAGUGUGCAAAGUACAGAGUCUAAACCUGCUCUUGAGAUGCAGGGGAAGUCCUCCUCCGUAUCGGGCUGUUUGAACUGCUUUGCCACACCGAUGCGAAGCCCUAAAACAGGCCAGGCUCUGUCCACUCUCCCCCGCGCCAGUUGUGUCAUCUCAACAUCAGAGGGCAACAGUCGACGUGCCAGUGUCCAUAGCACUAUGUCAGUGAAGUCAGUGGGAUCGGUGUCAAGUAAGACCGGUGCUGAACCUCAACCUGACCCCAGUGAUGAGGUAUUAAAAGAAAGCCCUGACUUGGAGGAGGAAGAACCCAAACCAGAACAGCUUUUUGAUUCCCCAUUCACCAUUGAUUCGGUCUUCACAAACACAAUUUUCAGUGAGUGAAGAUGAAAUGAUUCCAGUUAGAAAGGCUUCUAUGUAAACCUCUUUACUGAAAUCAUACCAGAAUCAUAUAAAUACAAACAUCUUAUUCUGACCAUGUGAAAGGCAACUAUGCACUAUGAUUAUGCCAUCUGUCAGGAAGCCAGGAAACAAUCCUCGUCCUUGAACAAUCCUCAACUACGGUCCUUUUUUUUCUUGGUUAGGACACAUGUAUAUUUUUUCCCCUAUCACUCCAUAUUUUGUCUCCUAAUCUUUUUUGUUUGCAUUUUAACUAUGUGUUAACUGAUCCUAUGUUUUUAUUAUUAUUAUUAUUAUUAUUAUUAUUAUUAUUACAUGCAUGAAGGUUAAAUCUGAAAAAUGAAAAUUAAAUACAAGUGUCCCUCUGAGCAUGUAGCAUCAAAACUACUGUGGUUAAUUUGUUCCGAAUACUGUAUAUUACAGUCAUUUUCCUUUUCGCAGUAUAGAAGAGCAGUAUUUUUAGCUGAAAUGCACCUUGUGUUUGUUAAAAACCAGUAAAUUUCUCAAGAGUACCUGUGUAUCUUGCUUCAUCAUGUUUUCCUUCUAACGUAAUAAAACCUUCUAGUUGUGCUGGUUUGUGCUCAUGUUUCCUAUUUGUAAGCAGGUUUGAAAUAUAAAUAA